AUGGAAACGGCCCUUGAUGAGUUCUGUGAAGGAAGGGUCCCUUCUGGUCCAUACUUUGAUCAUGUGCUGGAGUAUUGGAACGAGAGGGGGAGAAGCAAUAAUCUCUUGUUCCUGACAUACGAGGAGCUUAAGAGAGAUCCUCACGGGCAUGUGAAAAAAGUGGCCGAGUUCUUGAAUUGCCCACUAAGCUGCGACGAGGCUGAGCGAGUCGUAGAAAAGUGUAGCUUUGAGCGGCUGAGUAAGAUGCAGGUUAAUAGAAAUGAUAAUGGAAGAGUUCAUUGGAGUGGCACAAAGUUCGGAUCGUUCUUUCGUAGAGGAGAAAUUGGAGAUUGGAAGAACCAUCUGACUCCGGAAAUGGCGGAACGGCUUCAUAAGAUUGCAAGCGAGAAAUGGGUUGGAUCUGGUUUAGAGUCGAGGUUACUUGCUGAAUAA